CACUGAUGUAGUAUACAAUUAUAUUUGUUUUUUCCCCCGUAUUUGUGCUUUUUUUUUUUUAUUACAGUUAGCGUAAAAUGUAUGGUUUUCAAACCAAGGUUUUAUUAAAAGAUUAAUGUAAUUACUUGUAAUUGUUUUAUUCAUUAAAUUGUACUGACUUGUGUACAUAGAGGUUAAGUUUAGAAGUCAUAUUUUAAUGUUGGAAGAAUUGAGAAAUGGAAGUGGAUAGCAAUACUUGUAAAUCCAGUUCAAAUCUUGAAGCUGGAAACAAUUUAAUUUCAGAUACUUCACUUUCUGGUCAUGAAGACCCUAUUCAUGUUGGAAAUGAUGAAACUGAAGAAAACCGUAUCAUUGAUAAAAAUCCAACAGACUAUAUGAAUGGUUUGAAUGAAUGUGAAAGUCAAUCAUGUGAUAAUUUGAAUAAUAGUAACAGUCAGGAAUCGAUGAAACAAUUUAGUGGUCCCAAUGAUAAUGAGGUAUCUAAUGAAUCUGAAAUUGAGAUUAAUCAAAAUGAGAGUAGUUCUUCUGGUCAUAAAGACCCUUUGGGCAAUGAAAAUAGUUCAUCUGAAAAUGUUGAAGGAAGUGAUGAGAUUAAAUCUAAGAACAAUCCUGAUAAAACAAAUGAAGAAAAAAAUAUUGUUAGUGAGAAUGAAUGUAGCAUGCCCGGAAUUGAUAAGUGUGGAGAUGUUAGCAUUUUGUUAGAAACCAAUCCUAUUGCAUGUGAAACUGAGUCUAAUAAAAAUGUAAGUUCUGAGUCAGAAGUUGUAAUUUUAGAAGAUAGUGAGAUGGAAGUAGACGAAGUCACUAACAACAGUUGUGACUCUAAUGAAAAAAGUCAAAGUUCUGUGAAGGAAAAGGAAAGUAGUUUGAAUAAGCAUGAUUCUUUACAAGAUGAUUUGAGUACAGAUCAAAAUAGUAAUGAUUCUGUAAGAGUUACUAAUUUUGGCAGUACAACUGACAAAGAAGUUUCCAAUGACCAAGUUAAUGGAAAUCUUGAAGAAAAUGAUGAUGAAGAAAAUUUUCCUAAAAUACAAUUAGUUACAUCACUUGAUGUUUUUAUUGAUGAGGAAGCUAAUACUGCUUCUCCUGCAGGAACAAGCAAUUCUCCUGUUAACCCACUUGAAACUGACCAUGAAGAUACCAAUGACAAUGAAGAUUCAACUAAUGCGGAGCAAGAUAGUGGAGGCAAAAAUAUUGAUUGCAUUAAUAUUUCUGAUGAUACAAAUGACAAUACGAGUACAUCUUUGGAAUCUGAAAGCAGGAAAGAUAGCUCUCCUAAGGUUUACAGCAAGAACAAAGCAAAGAGUGCAAAAGAUCCUAGUGAACAAGAGGAAGUGAUUACUGGUGAUAAGACAGUAUCACAUGAGUAUGUUACUAAAAAUCUUGAGCUUAUGGGAGAUGGAUCAUAUGCCUUGAAUGAUCAUGGUUACUCAAAACCUAGUACCCCUCCUGCUGAAGGAAAGGAAAUACCCAAAGCUAGGAAAUCUCCCAAAACUUUGAAGGUAAUUUAUCCUAAAAGAAAAGUAGUGGAUGUGAAUCAGUUAGAUAUUCAUAUAAUGCCAGUGCCAGUUUUAAAAAAUUGUCUGAAUUGUGCAAAGUUAGCAAAAUGUUGUAUAAGAAUUGAAGUUGGUGGUUGUGAAUGUCACCUGUGUUCAGAAGAUUGUUUAGAGCAACAUAAAACUCUUCAAUCCAACACUCUUCGACGAACCAGUAUCCAGCCAGAAAAUGCUGAAGAAGAUAUAAUUUCAGAGACUAGAGUUUGUGUUCAGUGUAACGCAGAUGUUAGUGUUCAACCAGAGGAAAAGACUUUAUCAUGGGAGACUAUGGAAUUUUGCAACGAGGACUGCUUGGGUAAAUACCAAUCUAGGAUGUGGACUUGUUGUACUGGGUGUUCUAAAGAAGUUCCUACUGCUUCGAUGGGAAAGUACUGUGUGAGAUUUGGUCAUGAGAUUAAACAAUUUUGUUGUUCAUCAUGUUUGGAAGAUUUCAAAAAAGGAAUAAAAGCUUGUUCAUACUGUCAGAAAGAUCUUUCUGUCGGCGAUGAAGGAUUCCUUGCACCUAUUGCAGAUAAAAACCAGUUUAGGGAUUUCUGCAGUCAGAACUGUUUAGAUGAAUACGAUUGCAUGUCCAGAAAUCUUCCAGCCGGUGGUCUAAAGGUUGAAGCCUGUGGAGUUUGUGAUAAAACUCAAUUAGUUCAAGUUCAAGUGAUCACUGCUGCUAGUACAGUCAACCUUUGUUCUGAAGUUUGCUUUAAAGCUUUCAAAUUUGUAAAUAAAUCGAUUUCUCCGAAUCCUUGUUAUAUGUGUAAAAAAUAUUUUGAAACAUGUUCAGUCAACAAAGUUACGGUGUAUUAUGAAAAUGAACUUCUUUCUUUUUGUUCUAAAACUUGUAUGAACAUCAAUAUACUUGCCAAAAGAAGAAUUGUCGCUUGUAAUUGGUGUAAAGUAAAAAAAUAUAACUUUGAUAUGAUUCGGAGAAAGUCGGCAAACAAAGUUGUUACCAACUGGUGUUCUUUAAAUUGUAUGGCACUCUAUCAAGUUUCUUUAAAUGCAAUUAGCCUUCGCAACAAAACAAAUUGUGCUCAAUGUUACAAAUAUGGUUUGCCACUUCUUCAUCUUACAAUGUCUGAUGCUACCAUCAGGAAUUUCUGCUCUCAUGAAUGUGUACAUAAGUUUAAAAUCAGCUAUAAAGAUAUAAGUGGCACUGGCGUUUUCCCAACUGGUGGCCCAAAACGAGUAGUGAGGGCAAAAAGCAUUCUACCUGCCAAUUCUGAAAAAAGUACAACUUUUUCAGAGAACAUGGGAAAAGAUGUUUCUGGUUUCAAAUUAAAACCGAUUAAUCCUGCAGUCAAUGCUUCCACGCCAGUUGGUUCUGCUGUUGUCCAAAGCAAGCAUGAUGAACUUCAUUGUGCAUCUCCUUUGAACACCGCCUUAACUAUACCAACUCCUCCCCCUAAUGUUUUGACCCUUUCUGCUAUUAACCCAGAUGUCAAAAAUGCCAAGAUUCAAGUAUACUGCCAAACAGCAAACAAAGCUGUCUUGACUAAACCGUACCGAUCUACAAGAAGUUCUCAAACCGAUAAAGUCGAAGAGAAAGGUCCAGUGCUUAUACCAGUUCCAGUUCCUAUUUUCGUUCCAGUGCCAUUAGCCAUGUACUCCAUACCAGUUCCAACUCCUUUUCCAUUUCCUGUACCCAUACCAGUACCUAUUAUAAUACCAACUACUCGGGGGACUGCAGAAGAAAUAAUGGCAGAUAUAAAAAAAAUACAAGACAAGAUGCCUGGAAACCCCUUUGAAGCAGAACUUCUGAUGAUGGCUGAAAUGGCGGAAGGCCAAAAGAAAACUUUAGAUUCAGAGGAAAACAAUUCAGCAGAUGCAAAAAGUGAUGAGGCAUUGAGGCUUGGGCAAAAAAGAAGCAAUGAGGAAAUCGAACCUGAUGAUGGGCCCCCCGGAAAAAAAAGAAAAGGAGAUUUUGGGAACAAUGUAUUAGACAGUGCAGUUCAUCACUUAGCUACCUCUCAGCUUAGUUUAUCCUUAAAAGAAACAUUGGGUGUGAGUGCAUGGAAGCAUUAUGCAUCCCAAAGUGGUGAACGUUUGGACCUGGUUGAAAUGAGACCUGGAGAAUUGGCACAGGCUUUGAAAAGGUUUAUUCUAAAUGCACGGAUUCCUGGCGAGGGGGAAUAUACUCCAGAUCAAAAAUAUUAUUUAAUGUUAGGAAUUCAGUAUUACUUAGAGAAAAGUGGUAGGAUUGAUAAUAUAUUUUCUGAUAACCACUUUGAUCCUUUUAUUGAUGUUUUGAAUGAAGAAGCCAAGAAAUUUCAGCAAACCUUUGCAAAUAGUAGUAGUGUUAUCACUAGAGUUGAAGAAGAACAUCUUUGGGAGUCAAAGCAACUUGGCCCUCAUUCACCUGCCACUCUUCUUGCAACGCUUAUUUAUUUUAAUACCAAAUACUUCAAUCUGACAACUGUGGAAGAACAUAUGCAGCUCUCAUUUUCACACAUUAUGAAGCACUGGAAGAGAAAUCCCAACACUACACCCCAACCUAGUAAUAAUGCUAAACCGUCGAAUAGCUCCAGGAAUGUCCUCCUUAGAUUUCAUCCUCCUCAGUCAUCUUUAGAUGCACCAAAUUCAAAAAAGAAAAAAGUUUAUGAACAAGAGGCAUACGAAGAUGAUCCUUACAGAUGUCCUGUACACCUUUAUGAGUUUUAUGUAUCUAAAUGCCCAGAGAGUGUGAAAUCAAGAAAUGAUAUGUUUUAUUUAAAUCCUGAAAGGUCUUGUGUUCCUGAUUCACCUAUUUGGUACUCUACUUCACCAGUCCAUCCUGAAGUUAUUGAGCGUGCUUUAAACAGAUUUAAGAUGGUGAAAGAGAUCAAUUUAGCUCUACUUUCAGAUGUAUAAUUUUCUGAUUUGUAAAAUUGCAUAUUUUAAUUUUAAGUUAACAAAUCAAGUGAUAAUGAUUUGUAUAAUGUGUAUUUUAUUAAUUCUGUUUCAUUUUUUCAUCGGAAACAGUGGAUGUGUACAUUAUUUUAUUUGAAACCAGAAUUUGUACAAAGAUGUAUUAUUUGUAUUAUUUAUGUACUUUUGCAUUGAAAACUGUGAAGGAGGUUUAGAUAAGUUCACACGUACCUGUUCUCUACUUUCACUUUUAGCUCCUUUGCAUAGUGGUUUGGAUUUAUAUGAAUUCUUAGAGAACAUAAAAUAUCAAAUGUAAAAACUUUAUGCUUCAUGUAAAUUUAUUUUUUAUAAUUUUUCUUUCUUUGUACAUAGUAAUUUUAGAAUAAAUCUUUUUAUAUUCUUCAUAUUAUUUAUUCCUUUUUUUUUUAAUUAUUCUGUUUAUGUAAAUACAUUAUUAGAUAAGUGGAUUUUUGAACCAUUCCAGAAAUCAUUUAAGAUUUUGUGAAAAAUGUAUUGAAGUGUAUAAAUUUUGUUUGUAAAUCUUUUUUCAGAAGC